UCUUCAUUCUUCUUCUUUGCCAGCAUCAGAACAGAACACAAGCAGCGAAAAGGCCAAACAUGGGUCUAAAUUCAAACAGAGUGGAAGAUCUUUCCUGCCAUGAAACAGCCAUCAGAAUCCCAGCAGCAGCAACAAUGGAGAUUCACAAGGUUUGCUUGCCUCCAAAGCAGACGACUUUCGAGAAGUUCAAGAACAGAGUCUCCGAGAUCUUCUUCCCCGACGACCCACUUCACAACUUCCACAACCAGACCAGCCUCCCCAGAAAGCUGCUUCUCGGUCUUCAGCUCUUCUUCCCCAUCUUCCAGUGGGGCCCCCACUACAAUGUCGGGCUCCUCAGGUCUGACGUCAUCUCCGGACUCACCAUUGCCAGCCUGGCUAUCCCUCAGGGAAUCAGCUAUGCGAAGCUUGCAGAUUUGCCUCCCAUAGUCGGUCUAUACUCAAGUUUUGUACCGCCUCUGAUAUAUUCUCUUCUGGGGAGUUCAAAACAUCUCGGAGUUGGCCCAGUUUCAAUAGCGUCUUUAGUUAUGGGAUCAAUGUUAAGUGAGGCAGUUUCUCCUGUUCAACAGCCAGAUCUUUAUCUUAAGCUGGCUUUCACUGCCACCUUCUUUGCUGGUGUUUUUCAGUCUUCUUUAGGUCUUCUAAGGUUGGGUUUCAUAAUUGAUUUUCUUUCAAAGGCAACUUUGGUUGGAUUCAUGGCUGGUGCAGCAGUCAUUGUUUCGCUACAACAGCUUAAAGGGUUGCUUGGAAUUGUUCACUUUACAAGCAAAAUGCAAUUGGCUCCUGUUAUGUCCUCUGUUUUCAACAAUAGAAAUGAGUGGUCUUGGCAAACUAUUGUAAUAGGCUUCGGAUUCCUAGUGUUUCUGCUGGCAACAAGACACAUAAGCAUGAGAAAGCCAAAACUCUUUUGGAUUUCAGCAGCUGCCCCAUUAACAUCAGUUAUUCUUUCAACACUAAUAGUUUUCCUUCUGAAGUCAAAGUCACCACACAUCUCAGUAAUUGGCCAUCUUCCAAAGGGCCUUAAUCCACCCUCUUCAAACAUGUUAUACUUCAGUGGACACUAUCUUGGGGUUGCUAUCAAAACUGGAAUCGUAACUGGAAUCUUGUCUCUUACUGAAGGAGUUGCUGUGGGAAGAACAUUUGCAUCUUUGGAAAACUACCAAGUUGAUGGAAACAAAGAAAUGAUAGCCAUUGGGCUUAUGAACAUAGCCGGUUCUUGUUCUUCAUGCUAUGUUACCACAGGGUCAUUCUCUAGAUCUGCAGUGAACUACAACGCUGGAGCGAAAACAGCUGUCUCUAACAUCGUUAUGUCCUCAGCUGUGCUUGUGACCCUGCUGUUUCUCAUGCCGCUUUUCUAUUACACCCCCAAUGUCAUCUUAGCAGCCAUCAUCAUAACCGCUGUGAUCGGACUAAUCGACUAUCAGUCUGCCUAUCGCUUGUGGAAAGUUGACAAGCUCGAUUUCUUGGCCUGUUUAGCCUCCUUCUUUGGCGUUCUUUUUAUUUCUGUCCCACUCGGUCUUGCCAUCGCUGUUGGAGUCUCAGUUUUCAAGAUUCUCCUCCAUGUGACCAGGCCAAACACUAUGGCUCUAGGAAAUAUUCCAGGGACCCAAAUAUACCAGAACCUCACCAGAUACAGAGAAGCUUUUAGAGUUCCUUCUUUUCUCAUACUUGCUGUUGAAUCCCCCAUCUACUUUGCAAAUUCAACUUACCUCCAAGAAAGGAUAUUAAGAUGGGUUCGAGAGGAAGAAGAGAGGAUACUAGCAACCAACGACAGCACAUUAAAAUGCAUAAUCUUGGACAUGACAGCUGUGACUGCAAUAGACACCAGUGGUAUAGACAUGAUACGUGAGCUGAAAAAGAUGCUAGACAAAAGAUCACUUCAGCUUGUGUUGGCAAAUCCUGGUGGAACUGUGAUGGAAAAGCUACAACAAUCAAAUGCUUUGGAAGCCUUUGGAUGCAAUGGAGUAUAUCUCACAGUUGGAGAAGCUAUAGGGGAUAUUUCAUCACUUUGUAAGGCUCAGGUUCAAGCUCAGACAUGAUUGACUACACGGAAGGACAAGUGGCAAGAGGACCAAGAAAUGUCCCACACUUGUUGGUAUACAGAUAACUUUGGGAGGCAGUUUUUACAUUUUACUUUUUAGGCACAGUAUUUACUGGGGAAAAAAUCUUUUCGUUUAUUUAUUUCCCCUCCUUGUAUCUUUAACAUUUUCGCGGCAUGUCUAAGAAAUGAAGGCGAGAAACAUUAGCUCUGUCUGGCGAGACUUUUACAUUUUUUUCUAAGAUAAGAUACUCCUUGUAGCCUCUUUUGGCUAGGAUCAAAUGUACCAUGCAAUGAAAAUUUCAAAGUUGUUCCU